AUGGGCAGCCUUGAUGGCAUAGACGAUCUAGGAGAACUUAUGGUCGAGGGCUCACCACAGCAAAGACAGAUUCUACAGAAUUCGUCUAAUAUUCUUGACAUGGCUUCCCAUAUUGUCGGAGCGGCAGAUCUAAAUUUAUCGUCUUUUACAUCCGAUGUUCCCUUCCCCCACACAUUCAAAGGCCACAGUGAUCCCCCGAAGGUGCUAGAGGCCUUUGAAAAAACAGUAGGGCGAUGGGAUCCAGACUCAGACUAUCACCGUGCUGCCGAGGAAGGCAAUCUGUUUCUCGAUCCAGAAUCCAGCUGUAUAGAAGAUCACCUAGCAUACCCUUCCGCUCGCAUAUCUGACGAUACAGUCUCGUCCGAUACACGCGAUCGGAUCUUGGCCAUGAUACUGCACACCUGUGAGCCAGCGAAUAUGAUCAAAGUGGUCUCCGCCUUUCCAGCAGCGAAUGUGCUUGAUCGGCUCCUACAUCGCUUUUACGCGACUCAUGCAACUGACGAUGACAGCUGGAUUCACGUUCCGACUCUUCGCUCGAGUGAGAUGCCGACAGAACUCCUGGGCGCUUGUAUCACGUCGGCAGCUAUGAGAUCGUCUAGUGCGGCUGUUCGCCGGUUCGGAACUGCCCUACACGGUGUCCUCCAUCCAUAUUUAUUCCAGAUUGUAAGACCGGCAGCUUUCAGCUUCUCAUGCAUAGGGGGAAUAACCAAGGCCGAUAGUUCGAGAAACGAAUAG